CACUCCUUCUACCCACUCAACCUUCGUUAAUUUGCCCACUUUCUUUACCCACGGUCCCUUCCUACAUCCUUCGAAAAAAACCGACUCUUCUAAACUAGAAGCCCUCUAUCACUACCUUCUAUUCCCACCCCCACGCCGUAAAUAUGCUCGCCAAGACACUUUUCGCUGCGACCUUCCUCGCUCUUGCCCAGUUCGCUCUCGCUACUCCUCCGGGCUGCCUCCUCGGUGCCGUUAACCAGUACGAAACCCCAUCGGAUGUCAAGGCUGUCUGCAAGGACAAGGACCUGAAGAGCAAGGUCUCUAAAAUCUGCGGAGACGACGCCGAGGCUGCGCUGGAGGCACUGAAGGACAUCUGCAAGGACCAGGGUGUCAGUGUUCCUUCCGGUAGCCACUCCUCCACCUCUGUCUCCGCCUCCGUUUCCGCUUCCAGCAAGCCCUCGGGUACCAGCAAGCCUUCAGGUACCGGCAGCGUUGUCAUCGUUCCCUCCGGCACAGGUUCCAGCUCCAGCUCCGGCUACGGCUCUAGCAACGGUAACUCGACGGUCCCAGUCGCAACUGGUGGACCCAAGCCCCAUCCGAGCGGAACCUCGACGGGUGGACUCUCUGCGUCUACCGGUGCCGCUGGAAGGAUCGAGAUGGGUGUUGCGGCCGUUGUCGCUGGUAUGAUGGCUAUUGCGUUGUAAAUCUGCAUAGAUUGGUAAAAAGAGGGUUCAUUGUGUAAGAGAAUGGAAGAAGAGCGUUCGUACAAAGGAAAUAAGGGGGUAAUUGCAUAUACACGGAGAGAUCUACUUGGAUCGAUCCGCUUGUUCUAUUUCUUGUAACAUCUUUGGUCUACAAGGCUGUACAUAUACUGCAUUGGGUUGGUCACGGGCGAUAUAGAUUUCCAAUUUGCAUAUAUCAUACUAGAUUACAGUCCUGCUUUACAUGUGCAUGACCUUGAGCUUGGUGCCUUGUUAAUUCAACAGUCCACAGACUGACAUGUCUCUUCUUGAGAGAACUCCCAAGGGCUGUUCAGCUGGGUACUAGAGCCGCACAUCUCAAAUAAAUGGGGUUUUCUUUC